AUGAUGGCGCCUAAAUUUUUAAUAGUUGUAUCUUUACUACUCAUCAUUAGUAACCUGUCUACUACAAAUCAAGUUAAGAGUAGAAUGUAGAUUGGUUAGAGAAGUCAAAUUGGUCCAGUAAAUGCUCAAGUUGCAACUACCAAUUCAUAGAGCAUUAGAGAGGGUUUCUAAAGAUCUUAAAAUCUUGCUCAAGUUAUUAGAGGCAGGUCUAGAAGAAGUAAACGUAGUGCUCUUUACUUCUCUGGAGGCUCAACUUCUGAUAUCUCUCUCAAAGAUAUUUUGAUUGUGGUUGGGAUUCUUAUUGGAGUUUUUGCUGGAUUUUUCAUAUUUGCCUUGAUAUACUCCUGUGUUACAGGUGAAAAGAUUAGAUGGAGAAAAAAUCACUCUUGA